UUCCAGCAGCCACAGCGGCGCGUCGAAAGUUCGUAAGUAGGGUACGCAGUGCCGCACGGCCUAGCGCUUCUCGAUCGCGCCAGGAGGUCCACCGCACCGCGCCUGGUCCUCUACCGCGCCCAGACACCCCGGCCGUUCCUGUGAGGUCGACCCAGCUCUGCGGAGAGACGGGCACGGCCACGAGACGCCGCAGUCGUCUUCACGUGAGAUUGCGCGCCGCCGCGUCUCUCAGAGACCGAGCGGACGCCGGGAGGCAGAGUGGAGGUCGGGACGGCGCAGCCGUCUCACAGGUCGUGACCUGUGAGAGACCUGUCGCCAGAAACGCCCCUCCUUCGGCCUCACGACCGUGGAAUUCUCCGGCUCUGGGGCAGUGUGUCCCCGCCUCGAGAGACAGCAGCGAGGCAGCCAGUCUCGGAGCCUGCCGCGUCAGAAACGCGAGAAGAGAAACGAGAAACGUGAGAAACGUGAGAAACCGCCGCCAACGGCGGUCACCUAACGAGGGAAAUCCGAAGGAAAGACGGCAGUGGCUCCGCCAUGUCCUGGCAGGACUACAUCAGCAAGCAGCUUAUCUCCACCAACAUGGUGCGGGACGCACUGAUCGCCGGCGUCGAUGGCGCCAUCUGGGCCCAGAGCAAGAACCUCAAGGCCACCAAACAGGAGCUGCUCCCCAUCAUCAAGGGCAUCAAAGACGGCGGCGGGGGCCUCACCGCGGGAGGAGUACACUUUUCAGGCACCAAGUACAUAUUCCUGUCGGGCGUGGCCAACAAGUGCAUCCGCGCCAAGAAGGCCAAGGUGGGUCUGCACGCCUCCAUGACGUCGAAGACGGUCGUGGUGGCGCUGUACGCGGACCCCGUGCAGCACGGCGAGUGCGCAGCCGUGGUGGAGAAGUUCUCCGACUUCCUCAAGAGCAAGAACUACUAGUGGAAAGGAGCGAAGCGAGCGGUGGAGCGUUGGGUUUGACGUUGCUAGGAUAGGAGCGAAGUGUCCACAGAAUUAAGUCGCGUUUUCUUGGGAGUGGUGCGAACGGUACGAAGGGUGUGUUGGAAGGACAGGAAAAUAAAAGAAGCCGAUCUGAUUCA